UUGGACACUCAUGGAAGGCGUUCCUCGGAUCGAACGGACCAAGAAGGAUCACAGCAAAGAAGCAAAUCCAGGAAGCAUACGGGGCACCUUGUCACCGAGGGCAGCGAUGCCACGAGUCACUGGUGGAGCCGAUGCUUCGUCUACAGCAGCAAUAAUAGAGACUUACCAAGAACUUCUGAAAAGUCGUGUUAUUGGAGAGACUCCUAACGGAGAGAUUUUGUGUUAUCCAAGAUGGUUAAUAUUCAACUCACCCAACGGCUACAAAAAACCAUGCUACGGUGAUUUCACCAUUACUAACAAGGACCCAUUUACGGUAGCUUGGUGUAUAAAAGCAAAAGAGAAAAUGAUGCGAUUGUCGCAGUCUCACGGCAUAUUGAAAGCUGGAGAGCAUAUAGAUCUGACCCUGUAUCUGAUCUCAUCGGACGAUUGGCCUCGUGAUGUGAUUGAGUAUACAGGCAGAAGGCUGAAAAUUGUGGUUGAAAACCUUAGGAUUCCUGAGACUAUACGUCCCAAGAACAAAUUGGAAUCAUCUCGUAUGUCGAAGGACAUUUUUCACUAUUCAUCAAGUCAAAGCCCUCUUCUCCGGAUGUACACAAAAAUUUCUAUACUACUUGAGUAAUCUAUCAGAAAUUAUAGAAAUUGAAUAUUACUUGCCAUUCCAUAAAAAAUAAACGAGUAAGC